CGUGCCAACAGGCACCAAGUUGCCCGGCGCGAGGCGCUCCAACUCGCGAGGAAAUUCGACGGUGGUCGCCAGCAUCGGCGCCGACGGCCACACCUACAACCCUAUCAUCAUCUACAAAGGCCAGCGUAUGUAACCCGCUUGGAUCCAGGACAAGAACGGCGUCCCCGAUGCGAAGUACACCGUCACGGAGUCAUCCUUCAUCCAGAGCCACGUUUGCCCUUGUGCUCGACGGCCACGCCUCGCACACGACCUUCGACGCCAUCAGCUUGGCCAUCUCUCUGGACAUCGACCUCUUCCAGCUGCCGUCCCACACAUCGCACAUCACCCAGCCCUUCGUCGUUGGUACGUUCGGAACCUUCAAGAAGGAGCUCACCAGGGUGCUCACGGCCUACCCACUGAAAAUCGGGGGGAGGAGGCCGGUGAAGCGCGACAUGGCUGGCGGGAUUGCGGAGGCAUGGAGCGGGAGCUUCACGCCUGCGAACAACAUGGCGGCGUUCAAAGGGGCGGGCUUGUGGCCGGUGAACAUGGAGAAGGCCAUCAACCGACUACACGGCAAGAGGAAGCAACGGGAGAAUGUCAGCCCUAUCCCUGAACACCUCGCUGUCGUUGCCUCCAAGAGGCAGUUCGAAGAAGACCUCGGCCGCGUUUCCCUCCUGGAGCUGAAACGACAGGGAGUGAUGAUCGAGGGGCUCCGCGUGAACACCGUUAGGCGCAGGGAGGAGUGGGGUGCGGGGAGAGGGAAGGGGCGGGGGGCGGGGAGAGAUGAGAGUGAGGGGUGGGCAAAACGGUGCGCGGACGGAGGUCGGGGGGGCGCGGCUGUGGUGGGGGUCAGGAAGGACGAGACGGGCGCGGCCAGUGACAGGGUGACCGGGGCCGCCCCGCUGGUGCUCGUGGAGAGGGAAGGGGGGCUGGUGGGCGGGUGGGGGCCGGUGCUCGCGUCCAAGGAGGAGCGGGACGGCCGAGAGGGGCGGUGGUUUCCUCGGUUCAGCCGCCGCCGGCGGCGGCCCCUUUUUCCUCUCGAGGACGGCAACGAACCCCGACACCAAUCGUUGAUGUGUAGACUAGAUGCUGUACGGUUAUCGUUUUUUCAUUCGAGUAUAGGAUGAAUUAUUCGAGUGAGACACACAGAAAACGUCAGUUGAGUGUCGAGGUGACGAUAUGCAUUCCAGGGUUGUGCUUCAACAGCUUUCGGGGGUAGCUUUCGAGCGUACCACGGGGGGGAGGGGGGUGGGGGGUGUAGAGGUGUUUUCCGGAACCCGGGGGCGUUGAAAUGUUGUCCCUGGGCCUGAAGGGCUAUUGAUUUUUUUUGCUGCUUCGCGACUUGAGCUGAUCGUCUUGAAAGGACCUUUCGAUGGGGCGUUCGAGUGCUGGGAAAUAGGCGCGGUUUUCUGCGACAAGUCUCACCGCAGUGCCAAGCUGCUUUUGGCCUGGCCCAGUUACGUGCUUGAAUGUAUGUAGUCUAUGUAUAGAG